AUGAAACAGCUGAAGUGUGCGGGCCUCAAGUUGUGGGACGACGACCCUGACUAUUGCCAGGGGCUGCAGCGUCAUUUGCGAGUGUUUCUGUUCACUACUGACAAAGGUCCAGAUCAGCAGGGUUCGAGGACGAUCAUUUCACGCAUGGUCAUGCCGAUGGACACGACUUUAUUUAUCCAUCAGUUCUGCAUCGAUCACAUGGGCCACUCUGGCGCGCAGCUGCAACUGGCGAGGCUCGACAGGAACUGGUCAGCGAACUAUUAUGGCCGCCUCGCCACGUUGAUCAACGUUUGGCGGUCCACCGGCAUGGCUGCCAGGGUGUGCAGCAGAUGGUGCAGCGUGUUUUCCACUGAGGACGCGAAGGCGAAUCUUCGUCGUCUUCCCCCUCGGCCUCUCCGGGGACGCUGGGGCUCCAUAUCAAUGACAGAGGCUUACCUUGGGGAGCGCGGGUCAGACAAGUUGCUCCGCGUGUUCGAGGACAUCCUCGUGCAGGAGGCGACGGCCAAGGUUGAGCUGGAGGGCGCUGCCGUGGCCCAGACUCUCGCUCAGGAGUUGCACGCCUUCCUGACAGAGCUCGCCCACUCGUGGGCUGCGGACGCGCAGGAGAUCGAAGGUUGCAACAACGUCAUCAAGCACAUAUACAAGUUGGCCCCCAGCAUCAAGUUGCCGCUCAUGAGUUCUCGCAUUACUAUCAAGAAGAGAUGCUCCAGUAUGUCGGCAUCGCCCUCCGCCCGGCGGGCAUUCCUCGAUCUGCGCAUCGGCAACCAUGCCGAGGCAUUGGCUGUUCGGGACAUGGACGACGGCGCCCGGUGGGCGACGGUCGUGGCGACGGGCGUCGGCGACGUCGUGCCGGCCGAGCCCUUGGCAGACGGGCCUGCGCCGCCCGCCCCAGCGCCGCCGCUGCCGCUGGCGCAGCAGCCCAGCGCCGCCGCUGGCGGCAUGUCCGGCCUACAGGCGGAGCAGCGGGGGCAGGAGCUGCGUGCGCCGGGGCCGUCGCCAUCGGAUCUCUUCGCGACUAGGGUCCUUGCCAUGGUCAAGGCUCAGAGACGAGAUGCUGAUCUUCCUGGUGGUGGUGACCUUCCAGCUUCUAUCCCUCGCCGCGGUCUGGAACCUUCGAGCCGACUCGUAUUCUGGCAAGUGGGCACUGAUAACGGGUUCAUUGUGAGUCAUUAUUUCCGUUCAUCUUUGUGGGGAGUGCGAGUUGAGGUGCUCGCUGAGGAGGAUGAUGUGGAUAUGUCAACCGCUGACGCGGCAGACUAUGCCAGGCUGUUAUUCCUGCUGGACCCGAAGCCCCUCGUCAAACUCAUUGGCGAGAUCAUGUGGCCGUUAGCUGGUGUCAUGCAUCCUUUGGUACUCUGCAUUGGCUCUUGGUGUCUGCACAGAACUGACAUGUGCCACUUCUCGAGCCGCGUCGAGGUGCUGAGUGGCGAACUCAUUGAGAGGUGCUUGCGCCCGCUCAAGACGAGCAAGGGCGAGAGAAAGCACAGCAGCGGCACGGGCCAGAUAUCAACGAACACAUUUCCGGCUCACCUGGCGCACGAAGCCUUGCAGAACAUCGCCUACAAUAUUGAGAUCGGUCUCGAGCCCCACGUGGACCUCGGCGCCGCCUCUGGCGCGGCCGCCAGAGGCGACGGCGACGACGUCGCGGCCGUCGAAGGAUUCUUGAAGGAUUGGGCUCAACGUUUGAGGGUUCCCGUGGGUGCAAUCGCCUACCUCUGCGGGGUGCAGACAGAGGGGCACAUGCAGCGCCGGCUCUGCACGUGCACGGACAGAAUGAUCGCACUUCUUGAGUGCACAGACGAUGCUGAAAUUGACGAUUCGGGCGAGACCCUUAAGGUAGUUUACACUAGAUGGUUUUUCUGGGAUAACAGCCUGGCGUUCGCUGGGCGGUUCAUUGAUUUAGAUUGCAGAAACGGCAUCAUUUACAAACAGCCAGGGCAGCGCGUUAGCCUGGCUGACCGAUUUGCACACGGCGCGGCCCGUGUGAUUUUGCCUAACGCCCUCGCCACAAUGACAAGGCGAGCGGGGCACCUGAGGGACGAUAUGCCAGAGACCGCACUUACAUUUAGGGAACUUUUCGAACGUCUAUCUGGGCGGGAGGUGGACCACGUUGGCCCCGACGUCUGCCGCGUCUGCGGCGGACCUCUGACCCCCCCCUCGGGCCCCUCGGUCGAGGCUUCUUUGCCAGAUCAGGCUUUUGAUCUCUUCAUCGCCAGCCUGGAGGCUGACGUUGCUGUCGCGCUUGCCAGUCUGCCCAACGUUGUUGCGAUUGAUGCGCUGCGGGGCGUUCUGGAGCCAUGCGAGAUGGCGUGCUGCUUGUGCAAGUGUGCUCUGUUGCGCCUCUUUGAACGGCGCGACGGCGCUGCGGGAGGGAAGGGUGCGUUGCACAAGGUGGAACGAGCUGGCGAUGAGCACCUCAGCGAGUCGAAUGCCGUUGCGUGCCGAGACCACGGGACUGGCCAUCUCGCCCGCCUGCCCGACAGCCCCGACAUAUCGACCGCAGUCGAGAAGAGUUUGGCCGCCGCGUUGAUUUCUUGGGUCGGCGCUAGCACGCUGCGUGGCAGCAUGCCACCGUGUCGCCUUAACCCUCGCAUCUCCAUCAGUAAGCUGACGCAGGCCGGCACUGGUUCGACUCGCACCACCAGUGAUGCUUUCAGUUGGGCCAAGGACGGGCUGCAGAAGAUAUGCGAUGCUGAGGCGGUGCCGCUUAUGGAUUUCAUCGAGGCUCUCCACGGCAGGAGCGUGACCAUGUCCUCGGCCUUUUCGGGCGUUGGUACUGAUAUCAUCGCGGCGGCGUCCUUCACCAACAGCGCCCGCAGCGUCGUGUCCGAGCUGAAGGCCACUGCCGGCAUCGUGGAUGAUCGCCAUCCGCUCGAGACUGUGCACAUGUACGCGAUCGAGUGGGACACCAAGUGCCAGGUGGAGCUCGCGGCGCUGGGAGCCGCCGCGCCCGCCUGCAUCUUCGGGGACAUUCUGGACUUCGUGAACCGGGAUCUGUGGAAGGACGUCGGCGUGUAUAACGCUGCCGACGAGCUCAGCCCUGAUGAGUUGCGCAAGGUCUUGCCGUACAGCAAGGCGUCCGUCUUCGGCUUGUGCAAGGUGCACAAGAAGCGUUGCACCGUCCAGCAUGCCGCUGACAUUCACUCGGCCGGUAACCCCUGCCAGGACCAUGCUGUGUUCGGCAAGUUGUUGCGCAUGCAGGGCAAGAGGGCGAAGUUUUUCUGGGCUUGGUGUGCCCAGAGGCGCACGGUCAAGGAUCGCGUCAUCCUGCGCGAGAACGUCAAAGGCUUCAAGCCCGACGAGUUGGUUGAGUGUCUCGGGGAUAUGUACGUGAUCACGCGGGUGCCGUGCUGCCCUACGCAGUUCGGCUUCCCAGCGUCGCGUGCCCGGAGCAUCUGCGUUCUCUUUCUCAAGGAGUGGCUGUAUCCAUACUUGGACUCGAAGCGCAUCCCGCGCCCGAUGCGCCGGCAGGGCGCGUACGACGUUGAUUUUGGCAAUUUCAAGUGCGUGCUCGAGCAGUUGUGGCACCGUGUCCCCACGUGCGACUUCGGGGUGUUCUUCGUCUCGACCGACGAGGAGAUUGACGCGGAGUACGCCUUGGCCAAGGCCAGACCGUCAGUUGCGUCCCGCGUCGUCCCCGCCGAGGCGGCCUCGAGCAGCGCCCUCGACCCGUGCGCCAGGCCCUACGACGCCAUCAGCGCCAAGGAGCUGAUGCGCGCGAUCAACUACGAGGAGCGCCGGGAGGAGCUCGGUCGGCCGGACAGCAACUUUCUCUACGACGUCAAUCAGGACCCCGCCCACCGCGUGGUGAUGUCGAAGGGCCAGUACCUUCACACGAUCACCAGGGGCACUGGGCACCUGCUCGAGUCGAAGCGCCAGCGCUUCAUGACCCCGCUCGAGAUGUCCAUCGCGAUGGGGUACCCGUGCACGCCCGAGACGAUCCUGGCGGCCGGGGCGUCAUCCCAGUUCGCCCGCGGCGCAGAGCCGCCUGCCAGUCGGACCCGCCGGUCCCACGUCAACCAGAUGGGGAACGCGUACCACGUCUGCGUUGCCGGCGCCUGCCUCGGGGCGGUGUUCCUCAUCUUCGAUGACUUGGGCAGGGUCGGUCGGAAUCUUCGGACAGAUGGCGACGUCGGCGACGAGCCGUGGCCAGUUCGUCCCCCCGUCGACGCACGCCCUGCCCCGGUGCCCCUGUGCCCUGCGCCCCGCGCAGUGGCGGAGCCAGCGCUGCCGAGGCCCGCGCCAGAUGAUCUGGUGAGCGCCGCGGGGUCGGAGCUCUCGACCACCACGCUGCCCCUGGCGCGCGGCCCCAGGCACGGCCCCGACGGGGAAUCCUCCGGCGUCGGUCCAGCUGCUCCGGCCGCCGCCACCGCCUCCGUGCACGUCCAGGUGACGGCAGAGGCGACGGCGAGCGCGACUGCGCGCGGCAGCAGCACCUCCGACGGCCAGUUCGACGGCCCCACUGGCGGCAGCGGCGGGGCCCAGGCUGCAGCUGCAAUGUCGAUCAAGCUCGACGUCAAGGUCACGGCCGCCAGCACCGCCCAGGCGGAAUAG